AUGAAGCGCCAAGACCAAGAUGCCCCUCCGUCCGCCGCCGCCCCGAAGCGCAGGAAGAGCCGAGGCCGGCGCAAGUCCAAGGCGGAGCGUCUGGCGCGCUCAGCGCCCGUGAAUUCCUCGCCUGAUAACCUCAACAAACUGCUGCAGGGAAGCUCCAGUCGCGAGUGGGAUGCGGCGCAGAGUCUCGCGCUCGGACUCACGCUGGAAGCCCGUGCGACCGUCGUGCGGGUGAUUUUGAAGGAACGGGAGGCCCCCCGAGCGGCGGCGCACUACGCUAAGCGCCUGGAUUUACGAGGCGAGGAGCUGCUGAGCUCCGUUACUUCUGGCUCGGAGAUUUCCCCUUUGGUCAUGGCCCAGUUCCUGGUGGAGCUGGACGAGCAGUCGCUGUCAACGCGCGAGAAGCUGCAGCGCUUUGUAUGGCCCUGGCUGCUGCAGUCAACGGAGCAGAGGGAGGACAAGGCUGUGGUUAAGGCGGCGGUGCACUUGAUGCUGCUUCCGACAGCCUCCGACGACACCAAGGUGCAGGACAAGAAGGAGCGGGGCUUGAGGAUGCAACGAGCGGUGGUGACGCAGUGCCUACAGACAGGGAAGCUGCUACAUCUGGUGCCGACUCAUGCACGUUCGUUUGUGGAUCAUAUGAAGAUAGCUUCAUCCGGCGCGGAGCUAGAUGACGAGAAGGAGGACGAAGCUAUGGAGAAGGAACUUCAACGGCGACAGCAAGUGGCUCGCCGUGUGCAGAAUGUGCUGCGCCUCCUGUGGCCUGAUGCGCGCGUGCCGCUCUUUGGUUCCUCGGUGACUCGAUUGCUGGAACUUCCUGAGGAUGAAGAGGGCGUGGCGGCUGAUGUGGAUAUGUGCGCAUUGUUGCCGUCUGCUGCUCAGUUCCGGCAGGAUACUGCGCCUCUGGUCACGGAAGUGAAGGAGCAUUUGACUCUUUACUUUCUGCCCGACAGCACCGAUGAAAAGGAACACGUCACUGCUGUUACGAGGGCGCGUGUCCCCAUUGUGAACUUCCGAGACCCGUCCAGCAACCUGCCGUGUGAUCUGUGCGUGAACAAUCUUCCUGCUCUCUGGAACACUCGACUGCUGCGACGGCUGUUGUACGGUGGAGCUAGUAUCGGGUCUACCGAGCAAACUCAACUUGAACACGUGAGGAAGCUCUGCAAGUGGCUGCGCAAGUGGCGCCACGCCAAGAAGCGCGUGGUCGGCGGAGCAGUGAGUUCGUAUGGACUGAUGCUCCUUGCGCUCUACUAUCUCCAACGAAUCAGUGUACUACCCGUCUUGGACUGUAGCGCCCACGUAGUCGAGGACGAGUCCAGUCUACGCGAGCUGACCGAAAGUGCCAUUGACGAGCGCCUCGAAGCCGUAGACAAGUCCUUUGUCUGCGUCGAGGAGCACGCUAAGCGUGCAGUGCAAGAUUGGCGGGCACUCCGGUGCGGCUUUUUCCGCUUCUACACUUGCGAAUUCGGCUACGAGCUCACGGUCGUUAGUCUUCGCACGAAAGAGGUCGUGACGAAGGCCAGCAAGGGGUGGUCUCGUCAAAACAACGCCCGGCUGUGCUUAGAAGACCCCGUGGAGAUCGAGCGCGACCUCGGAAAGCUCUGUUCCCGACUUGCUCUUGGUCGCUUACGCUGCGCGUUCGCGCAUGCUUGCGUUGUGCUGAGUAGAAAGGAUGAAGAGCAAGGCACCGAGUCUGUAAAGAACGACAUCGAGGCAGACCUAUUAGCCGCAUGGCCGUACGAGGACGACAACACUCCCGAGGAAACAGAAGAUGCGACUGUAGGUUCCGCUCUACAGAUGACUGUGGCUAAGGGGGAUAGCAGUGCCAGCUUCAACAGGAGUGGAGCGCUGCAUGGGCUUGGGAACCAGAGCUCAGCACGAGAAGCACGUGAAGCGGAGCGGCGCAUCAAGUUGCAACACUUUCUGGUGCUACGCGCGUUCAAUCUUCGACGGCCGAAGGAGACGCUGCACGAACAAUUCCAGUCGCUGCGGAAGCGAGUCGAGAGAAGCGAUCCUAAACAGUGUGGCGACUUCUUGGAGCUGGAUGAGCUGUGCGCUUACCUGUCCAUUCCACCGUACCGCCGUCUGCUGCUGGUGCAAGUGUUUGGCUUGGGUCCGAAGGAAACGCAACUGGGCUUCGACGACUUCGUGCGAUUUCUACAGUCAGCGGCGGUCCGAGCAGCCCAAGAGGAGCGUCAACGGCACGAGGGGGGCUUGCCUACUCCUCCACCUCGACCGUCCAGGUCACAGCAGCUCAGCGAAGCACUUGUCGCCUUCGACCCCGCCCGCGCACAUCAUGCAGUUGCACGAGCUCCUCCGGCUCCUGGUCUCUGGAAGAAGCGCGAAGUUACCAUCCAGGAGCGAAUCACCGAGUACACCAAGAUCGACGAAAAGGGCCAACCGCAGCGACUCGUGGAGAAGGAGCGGCACCAAACGGAGGUCCUGCACAUGGAGUCACUGGACGGCGAGUUUGCUCACCGUGAGAUCACGCAGUUCGAGCAAACGGAGCAUCUGAACGACGAGAUGGUGCACCUGGACCAUGGACGCGAGGAGUUCCUCCACCUCAAGUCCCGGCACGACGAGAUCUCGCGGUUUGAGUCUUCAGUUCCGCCGGGCGGACCAGGUGGCGGCGGUCGCCCCGAGGAAUGCGAGCAGCAACCACCUUCGCCAUCCAUUAAGCCAGCACCUGGAUCAGCACGAGAAAGCACCGGCUUUGAGAAUACCCAAGCAGAAGCCCAGACGGCAGCGUACGCGGAGUGUUGGGAGCAACAGGAGGACGCACCACAUGCCUAA